AUGGCAGCUCUACGCACAGCAUCGCGCCUCGUGGCGCCCGCCCGAGCUACCAUCCGGUCUUCCUACGCCGCGAGAUCAUACGCCACCGUCACCAAGGACAGUGCCUAUGAUCUGUCCGCCAGCCGACCCCCAGUUUCUCCUUCCAAGACCAGCACGGUGCAAGAACCAAGACCCGAUAAAGAUGCAAAGAUCAAGACAUUCCACAUCUACCGAUGGAACCCAGACGAGCCGACGUCAAAGCCGAGGAUGCAGACAUACACUCUGGACUUGAACAAGACUGGCCCAAUGAUGCUGGAUGCGCUGAUUCGAAUCAAGAACGAGGUAGACCCGACGCUCACCUUCCGCCGAAGCUGUCGAGAGGGUAUUUGCGGCAGCUGCGCCAUGAACAUUGAUGGAGUAAACACCCUUGCUUGCCUGUGCCGAAUCCCCACGGAUACAGCUAAGGAAUCUCGAAUCUACCCCUUGCCACACACCUACGUGGUCAAAGACCUGGUCCCUGACCUAACGCAAUUUUACAAGCAAUACAAAUCCAUCAAGCCUUUCUUGCAACGAGACACGAAGUCACCGGAUGGCAAGGAAAACCGACAGUCACAAGCCGACCGGAAGAAGUUGGAUGGAUUAUACGAAUGCAUCCUCUGCGCUUGUUGCUCGACUUCAUGCCCAUCUUACUGGUGGAAUAGUGACCAAUACCUGGGACCUGCCAUCCUCCUUCAAUCUUACCGCUGGCUAGCUGAUUCUCGUGACGAACGCAAGGCUGAGCGGAAGGAAGCACUGGACAACAGCAUGAGCUUGUACCGUUGCCACACCAUUUUGAACUGCUCGAGGACUUGCCCGAAGGGACUCAAUCCUGCCAAGGCAAUUGCAGAGAUCAAGAAGAGCAUGUCCUUUGCUUAG